AUGGAAGCUUUUCCAGAAGAUGUGGAUAGGUGGAAACCACCAACGAAGCUGCUCCGACAACAACGAUUGCCGAAGCCGUUGCAAUACCAAGAUUACGUCUGCGAGGAGCCAUUUUCAGUCAAAAAAAAAGGUUAUUUUGCCUUAUUUAUACUUGCUUCCAGUAGUCAGGGUCCUCAGCCGCGGUCUCGACCUCAAACUCCUCAUCGUCAUCUUCUGGAGUCUUUGGGGCCCACUUCUUCUUCUGGUCCUUACCAUAGUGUUUCCAGUAUUUCUUCUGGUCCUUACCAUAAUGUUUCCAGUAGUCUGGGUCUUCAAUCUCAGCCUCAAUUAAGACCUCAUCGUCAUCGUCCUCAGGAGCCUUUGGGGUCCACUUCUUUUUUUGGUCCUUUCCGUAAUGUUUCCAGUACUUCUUCUGGUCCUUUCCGAAACGCUUCCAGUAGUCUGGGUCCUCGGUCUCGGCAGCAACCUCGAAGUCCUCAUCCUCAGGGUCUUCUGGAGUCCACUUCUUCUUUUGAUCCUUUCCGUAGUGUUUCCAGUACUUCUUUUGAUCUUUUCCGUAGUGCUUCCAGUAGUCUGGGUCCUCUAAUUCAGCUUCGAUCUCAAGUUCAUCGUCACCGUCUUCAGGAGUCUUUGGAGUCCAUUUCUUUUUUUGGUCCUUACCAAAAUGCUUCCAGUACUUCUUCUGGUCCUUACCGUAGUGCUUCCAGAAAUCUGGGUCCUCAACCUCGGCAUCAAUCAAGGCCUCGUCAUCUCCGUCUUCUGGAGACUUUGGAGUCCACUUCUUCUUUUGGUCUUUGCCGUAGUGUUUCCAGUAUUUCUUCUGGUCCUUACCAUAAUGUUUCCAGUAGUCUGGGUCUUCAAUCUCGGCCUCGAUCAGAACUUCGUCGUCAUCAUCUUCUGGGGUCUUUGGAGUCCACUUCUUCUUCUGGUCCUUACCGUAGUGUUUCCAGUAUUUCUUUUGGUCUUUACCAAAACGCUUCCAGUAGUCUGGAUCCUCAGUCACUUCAGCGACAUCAAGCUCCUCGUCCUCUGGGUCUUCUGGGUCUUCUGGGUCUUUUGGAGCCCACUUCUUCUUUUGAUCCUUACCGAAGUGUUUCCAUACAAGUCGACAGGGAUCUCGCCAAUGUAUGCGAUAUCACCAAAUCCACCAACAAGGUAGACAUCUUCGACCUCGAAUUUAGCCCAAGAGGUAGCAUGGAUUGGAGAUCCUGGGUACCAGGCCGGAGCAUCGUGGUGUCUCUCGGCGAAACAGGUGUCAAGCUCGAGGGAUCCGUUGAUAGGAACAAAAGAACCCUUAAGGUUAACUCUUGGAGAUCCAGCUGGGGAACGGACUCUUCCACCGAUAUAAUGUGGGUUCACGUGAUCAGAAAUUGGGUGAUCUCCCACUCUGACAGAAAGGGACACCUUGGAUCCGUCCUUGAUAUUUUUGUUGGACGAGGAGAUGUCAACAAUCAAGAAGAUUGGUUGACCGUCCUUGUCACAGUCGGAGUAGUACUCCAUGAAGGAGACAGGGAACUCAUCACUCUUUUGGAGUGUAGCCAGGUUGGCAAGAGAUUCUCUGUUCACCAAUGUUCUAGCAACUCUAGCAGCAGUUUCGACAUCGUGGUAGCCUGCCUUGGGAACUGGCAAUGCCAUGCUUCCCAAAGCAAGCACAAGAGAUGUGGUCUGGGUGUUAUCCUUGGAGGUGGUAACGACAGGAGUGGUGGUCUCAUCGACGUACGAGGUUCCCUCAGCCGAGGAGCUAGUUCCUGCGCCGGUGGCUGGAGAGGUGGUAGCACCAGUGGCUGGAGUAGUCUCGGUGGCACCAGUGGUAGCACCAGUAGCUGGAGUGGUCUCAGUAGCGCCGGUAGUAGCACCGGUGGCAGGAGUGCUAGAAGUGGCUGGAACUGGAGUUCCGGUAGCAGCCUCGCUAGUGGAAACUGGGCAGUAGGUGGUGUACACGGUCUCAGUACCGUAAGCGGUAGAGGUGACGGUGCUCAACACGUACAAGGUCUCGGUCUCGUUGGAGCUCGAAGUAGCUGGAGUGGUGGUGGCUGCUGGAGUGGUCUCGGAAGCAGUAGCGGCUUCAGAGCUCUCUGGGCAGUAGGUGGUGUAGUUGGUGGCCGUGGUGGUCACGUAAGCGUCAGACUCGACGGUGCUAGCUGUGGCUGGAGUAGUGGUCUCGGCAGCAGCGCUGGAAGCAGAGGUGGUUGCUGCGUUUGCUGGAGUAGAGCUGGUCUCAGCAGCAGUGCUCUCAGCUGGAGUGGUCUCGGCCGGAGUGGUCUCAGCUGGAGUAGUGGCAGCUGGAGUGGUGGCAGUUGGAGUGGUCUCAGCUGGAGAAGUGGCGGCACCUUCGGUUCCGGUGGAAGCCUGGAUCUGGCCGUCAGCGAUCUCACCAACGAGCUCAUCAGCCUUAACGAGAGCGGCAAGGAUAGAAGCGAGGACAAUCUUAGAGAAUUGCAUAAUGAAUGA